UUAGUCUUCUGGGAGGGGCUUAGAUGUUGUUGUACCGGUUCACUCUGACGUUAGCAAAAAAAAUAUGGCGUCUCUUGACAGGGUUAAGGUACUAGUUUUAGGAGAUUCUGGCGUCGGCAAGAGUUCCUUAGUUCAUCUUCUGUGUCAUAAUCAGGUUUUAGGGAACCCAUCUUGGACUGUUGGCUGCUCUGUGGAUGUACGGAUUCAUGACUACAAAGAGGGAACCCCCGAGGAGAAAACCUUCUAUAUUGAACUUUGGGAUGUUGGAGGAUCUGUUGGCAGCGCAAGCAGUAUCAAAAGCACAAGAGCCGUCUUUUACAAUUCUGUUAACGGAAUUGUUUUGGUGCACGAUUUGACAAAUAAGAAAUCCUCCCAAAACCUCUAUCGUUGGUCACUAGAAGCUUUAAAUAAGGAUUCCUCCCCAACUAGAGUCAUUGUGUCAAAUGGAGAGUACGACAGAGAGCAGUUUGCUGAGAACCCGGUGCCGUUGCUCCUGAUCGGAACAAAGUUCGAUCAGAUUCCAGAGAACAAACGCAGUGAGGUUCUCACCCGGAUGGCCUUCCUCUCUGAGGAUUUUAAUGCUGAGGAGAUCAAUCUGGACUGCACAAACCCAAGGUACCUGGCUGCAGGCACCUCAAACGCUGUGAAACUUAGCAGGUUUUUUGACAAGGUAAUAGAGAAGAGAUAUUUCACCAGAGAUCCAAGUCAGAUGACGGGUUUCACAGACAGGAAGAGGUUCAACUUUAAAAGUUUGCACUAUGACUGAAAGCCAUGAAUGCAACAGCGGUGACUACCGUUUACUUUUGCUUCUGGUUUUUUAUUUUUGCACUCGUGCUAGUUAAAGGAAAAAACCAACCCCCUCCAGUUUGACUGUUUAAACUCAAACCGACUGAACCGACUCUGUAAAUAGUUGAUUAGCUCUUUACUGAUCAUUCACAAGGGAACAUGAAUGUUAUGGGCGAAAUGAAGAGUCAUGGAAAGGUAAAUUUAUUUUAGAUUAGAUUGUGGAAAAACUUUUUUCACUCCUAUGCAGAACAUCAUUAUUUAGUCUCCAGUUGUUCAUUUCUCCUCGUCUUGCUUUUAUUUAAUGAGCGUGUGCAGCGUUGCUUUAGUUCUCCAUCGUCUUCUGGAUCCAGGGAAGGUAGAAACCGACUUUAGCAAAGACAUGUGGAUACUUUGGAUUAUCACAUUCAUGUCCUCCAGAAUCACCCUAAAGACAAAACAGGAGUUGAUUGCACCAAUUUUUUUACACAAAUAAAACCAGCUUCCUCAGUGUUAGCUAUUAGCAACACUUUCUGUUUGCAGUUGUCAUGUUUUCAUGCACUCACCUGGCAUUUUCCUCCUGGUGUCUUGGUAAACUUGGUGCAAAUCAUCCGCAACACAGAGAAAUGUUCUUUCCAGAUGUUUUGGCACUCAGGGCUGAAUUGCAUCGUCUCCGCGGUUUCCUUGAGAAUGUUUGAAGUCGGCGUUUUGGGUCCAGUUUAGCCCCAGCGUGCUGCAGCACAUUUUACAUUAACCGGUAUCUUUCCAUCUUUCUUUGGUAGGUCGGUGGUUUUGACAUGCUUAUCCAGCUUGGCGUUGGUUUUUAACUGUAAUGAAAGAACACAAGUUGAUGACAUCAUUGCUUUGUCAUUUCUAAUGCAACAGAGGUGUAAGAUUAACGUUUUACAGCCACAUCACCACUCACGCCUGUACAAUGUGUUUUAAAUGAAUUUUACUGUAAUUCUGCUUUAAUUGAGCUUAAGUGAGAGAAUAAAAACCAAAACAAAAAAUGA